AAUGGUGGGCUGAGUUUUAUUAAGAGCAUCAUUUUUCUAUGGGCCACUUCUUCAAAAUUCCCCAAUUGAAAAACAAACACAAUUCUUUUUUCUCCUUCUUCAACCUUUCUCCAACUCAGAAAAUCAAGGGUUUUUCCAACAUUUUCCGCCAUUAACAAACCUUCAAAUUCACUUCACUACACUCAAAAAAACCUCCAAAAAUGGGGAUAUUAAAAAAGAAAUUAGGAGAAAUGAGUUUCAAUAUGGGUGGAGGUCCCGUAAACUGGUUCCCAGGUCACAUGGCGGCUGCUUCUCGCGCCAUUCAAGGCCGUUUAAAGCUCGCUGAUUUCGUUAUCGAAGUUCGCGAUUCUCGCAUACCAUUAUCGUCCACAAAUGAAGAACUUCAGCCUCUUCUCUCUGGUAAAAGACGUCUUAUUGCUCUCAACAAGAAGGAUUUGGCUAAUCCUAACAUUUUACCUAAAUGGAUACGAUAUUUUGAGUCCACUAAACAAGAUUGCCUUUCGAUUAAUGCACAUAGCAAGAGUUCUGUUAGAAAGCUGUUGGAACUUGUGGAGCUGAAGCUUAAGGAGGCCAUUUCAAGGGAACCUACACUACUUGUUAUGGUAGUUGGUGUCCCCAACGUUGGCAAGUCAGCUUUAAUUAAUUCCAUCCAUCGUAUUUCAGCUGAACACUUCCCUGCGCAGGAGAGGAUGAAAAGAGCUAUAGUGGGACCAUUGCCUGGAGUUACUCAGGAUAUUGCAGGAUACAAGAUUGCACAUCAGCCUAGCAUUUAUGUUCUGGAUACACCAGGAGUGUUGGUUCCGAGUAUUCCAGAUAUAGAGACAGGCCUGAAGUUAGCUGCAACAGGAUCUGUUAAGGAUUCAGUUGUGGGUGAAGAGCGUAUUGCUCAAUAUCUCCUUGCUGUCUUGAACAGCAGGGGAACUCCACUUCAUUGGAAAUAUUGGAAAGAUAAGAAGGAAAAACUUCAGAAUGGAGCUGAUGGAAAACAUGAGUACAAUAUAAAAGAUCUUUUGCCAAAUAGAAGGAAGCCACUAGAUGAUUCUGCUGUUUAUUAUAUUGAGGAUAUUGUUACAGAAGUGCAACAUGGACUUAGUGAUUCAUUCUCAAAGUUUGAUGGCAAUGUUGAAGAUGAGAAUGACAUGGAGAGCCUAAUAGAAUUGCAGUUUGAAGCAUUGCAGAAGGCAUUUAAAAUACCACCCUCUGCUUCAGAAUGUCGUACAAAAGCUUCAAAAAGAUUUCUGACUUUGUUUAGAACGGGUAAACUUGGUCCGUUUAUUCUUGAUGAAGUUCCUGAUAUAUGCCAUCCUGUAUCUUGAACAAUAUGUAAGAUGCAGUUUAAUCAGAAGGGAUGAUUGAAUAUGUUGUUGCAAAUGACGAAUGCAACAUUUGCAUUUCCCUCAUAAUCAUAGAGGCUCAUUGGGCAUGUGGUUGUAAACGAUGAUCAUGGCAAGGAAUUUGUACGUAUAUUUUCGUCA